GAUGGACAAGGGAGAGGGAGAAAGCGCCUCACGUAUAAAAUCGAACGGUCUAUCAGAAUGAAUCCGCAGUAUCCCAUUCGUUGUCCCGUUCACGCUCGUAUCUCUUCUCGCGACGUGCUUUGGAAAAUGCUCCAUCUGCCCUCAGUGCUUGCUCUAUGUUUAUUAAUUAAAACAGCGUUCGCUAGUUUCUCAGGGAGUGAUUCUGGAUGGCAGGGACUAUCUAAUUUCGGAGCUACACAUUAUGACUCCAGUGGCCAGAACUUAAACAUACAUCAGACUCUUCCUUCUUACGGAUCGUAUUCUUCCUUCGGAAAUGGUGGCGAUCUUCAUAUAGACUUAGAUCAAGAAUUUAAGGGCAGCAAUGUUCAGCAUACAAUUGCUGAACCUGUGUCGAUCAGUAAGCAUGUGGAAGUCACGAAGCCAGUGGCAGUGCCAGUUGUAAAAAAUAUCGGAAUUCCAGUGGCACAAACUGUUACAAUACCCGUGCCUCAUCCUAUGGCGGUAGGUGUUGCUCAACCCUAUCCCGUCCACGUGCCGGUCGUCCGGCCGAUCCCCGUGCCGGUCGUGAAAACCGUCGCAAUCCCAGUCGAGAAGAAGGUACCAUAUCCGGUGGAGAAAAUCAUACCAGUGCCCGUGGAAAAACCGGUGCCAAUAACCAUCGAGAAGCAUGUGCCCGUUCCAGUGGAGAAGCCAUAUCCGAUUCACAUACCGGUCUAUAAGCAUAUUUUCCAUCGAAGAAAAAUAAGAAAGAGACGCGGACGCAAGAGGAGGUAUUGAGGAAAGUUAAGCUGUAAUUAUUAGACGAGAUUCAAGCGACACAAAUAACUGUUGAUUCGUGCGAAAUCUUCUCGUGAUAACAUUAAGAUAUGAUCUUCUCGUCGGAUAACAUUAAAUAUAGCGAUGUAUUUAACUGGUUUUUCUUGACUUACCAGCUUUUCUGACAAGAUUCAUCGUUAUAUUUGUUGUUAACAUUGUGAGAGAACAAUAUUUCUUUGCUCGCCUAUUUUUCAAUAACACCGUUGUUGUUAUAUUUAUACUUGUUGGCGUGCAUCGUUUGUUGUUGCCAAAUAAUAAUCUUAUUUAAUAAAGAAACCUUUUGUA